UCUUGAAAAUCAAUAAAACAGAAUUGUGCAUUCAAAGGGAAUUUGCAUGGUGCGUUGCUGAUCAGUGCUUUGUCGGUGCAGCAAAUGUCACAGGCCAGAUGUAAAUUGGAAGCGCACACACGCUUUCGCUGGUUUCAGGGGUGGCUUUUGGGGUUGGCGGCGCUCUCACAGCGCAGCUGUGCGCGAUCAAUAGCAUCUGGGUUGGGCGAUUCUCCAGCCCGGCAUCGAUGAAUUGGGGGUGAAAACCACCCUUACCGAACUCGCGAACACGGGUGGAAAUGUCUUCAGGCCGAGAGCAGUCCGGCUAGCCGCGGCUGGGAACACGAGAUCUGUGCGCGUCGCGACAGGAAACACGGGGUGGAUUUGGCGCAGGGCGACCGGCUCGCAGGGAGCGCAGAGUGCUGCUGCGAAAAUCGGUGCUCGCGGCGCGGUGUCGGUGAUUGCGAUCGAUUCACUUGAGCGGGAAGGUGCAGCAGGGCUGGAGCUGCGGAGCGGAUGUCAUCGUCAGGCGGGCUUGGAGAGGAAGGUCGUUCGACCCCGGCGGUGCCGCCACCGCAGCAACCCUUCAACAUGGCCCAGCAAGGGGCGCAGGGGCGCAAUCCGCUGCUGUGUUUCGUGUGCAACGACUUCUACUGCGAACCCUGCCUGCUCGGCUGCUUCCACUCGUUUUGCUCGCGCUGCCUUCAGGGACGGGACAACGACAACAAAAUCCAGUGCCCCCUGUGCGGACAAAAGACAGCGUUAAAGGAUGGAGCUCCGCUGCCGCCCCCGGACCACCUUCUGCGCCAACUCAUCGACAUAUACAACGCCGAGAACCCCCCUUGUGCCAACUGCGACAAGAGGAACCGCGCCGCGAUGUACUUUUGCCACACCUGCGGCCAGGCUUUGUGCGCCGGCUGCAGGGACAACACACACCGUGCGAAAAUGUUCUCCUCGCAUGACGUCAUUCACAUGUCCAAGUUCAACAAAGAAGGCAAAAAGAAGUGCGGCUCUCACAACGAGCCUUUCAUUAUGUUUUCCAACGCCCAAAAAAACAUGCUGUGCAUGCAUUGCUUCCGAGAAACACCGCCCGAAGCGAGACUGCAGUGCGUCGACAUCGACACUGCCUACACACAGGGUUGCAAAAAACUCGAGCGGGCCGUCAUGGGCGUCUGCGAGCUGCAGGGCUCCGUUAGGGAAGGAAUGGUCAUGUUCCGCGUGCUCUUGGACGAGCUGAAGAAAAACAUGGAGUGCGAGAAAAACUCCAUCAACUCGUUUUGCCAAGGAAUGCAGGAGGCGAUUGCGAAAACGCACGCAGCAAUGGCCAUUGAGGUGCAGAGGCAGUUCGAGAACAAGGAGCGCCUCUUCAGAUCGCAGCUGGUCUCUUUGGCGUCGGUACUUCCAAUUCUGCAGAUGCACCUGCUCAUGUGCACAACCUUCAGCACUUCGGCCACCAAGUACGAAUUCCUCGGCCUCGCCUAUCCGAUGAUGGAACGCCUGUCCGCCGUCACGCAGAUCAGCCCUGCGGUCCGGCCUAAUCAAACGGCGACCAUCAAAACCAAUUUUCGCUCCGAGUUUGGCCACGCACUCGACGCCUGGGUGGGCCAGUCGAAGGCACCAGAAAAGUUGUACGAGUCCCGGACGCAGCUCCAGGGACACCCUCCUUCCUCGCGUCGGCAGCAAGUAGCCCUCAGGACCAAGGCGUUGGAGGGAGAAGGACCGUUUUCUAACCACUGCAGAAGUUUCGACGGCCAACUGAAAGAUUUAGCUGGACAGUUGAUGCACCUCAAGGAGCAACUCACCACUUUGCACAAAGAGGUGAUACAGCAACGACCGACGCAGACGGGCCAACAAGCCGCGCAGGGGAAGCUGGAAAAUAUCGCACGCGACUGCACAAACCUGGAGGAAACGCUGGAAAGACACCAAACCGAGUUGGAGCGAUUGAGGAGCGUUUUUGACGCGAUUUGGGAGGAGCAGCUGUGCCGCAUCCACGUUGAGCAGGACAUGUUCCAGCAGCAGACUCAGGAGGUGGCGGCAAUGCGGUCAGAGUUGCGCCACUUGAGCCUGGUGGCGCGCCAGCUAGAGCCCUACAUCCGCAGCCUGAACGCCCAACAAACGCAACAGCAGCAGCAGCAGCAACAACAACAACAUCAGCAACAACAUCAGCAACAGCAACACCAUCAGGAACGGCCGCCUUCCUCCGAGCACGCCACGCCGGCCGACGUGUCGUUCGCGAGUCUGGAGCCGCACCUGCAAUCGCUGUUGGACAAGAUCAGCCUGCUCCAAAUGGAACAGGAGGCUCGGCUGGAGAACCAGAGGGAAGCGUGUCGGCUCCACCCGUCGCACGUUUCGUCGCCAGUGGAUGAAAAUCUGGCUAUGGCCAAAGAGCGACGAAGAGACGAUUUGCGCGCCAAGGUUGAGCGCGGCAUGCUGGGCCAGUUGAUCGACAAAGUGCGCACAAAGGAAGAGCGAGGCAAAAAGUCGCCCGGGGAGGAGCGGCCCAAGACCAAAACGCGUGCCAAGGCGGCCAGCUACUCGAGCUUCAGGGACGCGGCAAAGUUCCCUGAGAGCGUGGCCAGCUGCGUGGACGUGGAGCGCAUCGAGUCGCACCUGAAGGAGAAGCUGCACGACGUGGGCCGCUCCGUGGGCCGCAUCAUCCGGCCCGGCUCCAAGGAGGACACGGUCGACUACCCGCACUGGGCUCCGGUCAAGAAGCAGAGCUCGUGCGAGAGCCUCAGCAUGAGCAGCGUCGCGAGUCGGCGCUCGUCGUCGGUCGACCUGGUCGAACCUCCGCGCUCUGCGUCGGCGGGGGCCAAGGGUCGGCGCGGCGACUCGCUCGAGCGGCGCAUGAAGAAGCAGCACUCGUGGGAGACGUUUCCGCCGAAACGAGGCACCCACGCCGGCACGGUGGCGCUGGCAAUGGCCGCCGCGGCCGCCGCGCUGGCCGCCGAGCGCGCCGAAAGGGCCGAGCGGGCGUACGCGCGCCAGGACCCCAACGAGCUGCCCGACGGCUUCGAGCUCAAGCCGAACACGCUGAAGAAGGCGGACAGCUUCGAGGGCCACGAGGAGGCCGUGCGCACCCUCGUGGCCGCCGUGCAGGAGACGCGACACACGCAACAGCAGCGCAAGCCCAACAAAUAGUCGCAGGAGACCGACGCCGAAAACACCAAUUGCAAGCAACACUGCCAGCCAACGUAUAUGUCGACACCGAUUCGCAACAUCCCUCCUCUCUCUGUUGUAGAGCUAGGUCAAUAUUGAACCUCCUCGUCUUUAUUGCUUUUGCAACUACUGUAUACAGCUGCUUUUUUUCUUCCCUCCCGAGACACACACGUGCUGUUUGUCCUGAAUGUUGAUCAUUUGAGGAUGUGUUAGCGUGCAUAAUGGAAUCAAAGCCGCGAGUGAAAGAAUCUAAUUAUUUUUUAAUCGGAAUACGACUUGUGUGUAUUUUUAUUUUCAGAACCACCAACAUACGUAUUAUAACGCUCGCGUCUCUGUGAUAUUGCAGAGCGAAAUACGAGAGAGGGCUGCGAAAGUACAUACGUUUAUAAGAAGGCAUCCGCCGCCAAUUUCAUUUAAGGCUCUAGAGCUUGAAAAAUUGCGGCCCGCGUCACUUGCGAGCAGAUUCUGUGCCAAGCCCUCGAGGCGACAUUACUUUCUGAUUCCCAAAGCAGCCCUCCAUUAAUUAUUUACACGCUCUCCUGCGUUGCCGGGGUGUUAAAUAUGCGGUCAUGAUGCUUUUAGCCCGGAAUAUGCCACUUGCUGCUCCUACCAGGAAUAAUUCAUGCAGCGCGCGCUGAGAGAGCCUCUUUUCGCCGGGCAUUCAAACGCUCAUUUCCCAUCGCCCUUCGUCAACAGACUUUUUUGAUGAGUCACUCGCUUUUCUUGGACCUUUGCUGCCCGCGCGCUUUGACCUUUUCGCGGCGAAAACUGACGAAACGCUUCUUUUCUCGCCGAGCGCCUGCUUUGCGUCGGCUAUGCAACCCGCUCGACGUAUCGCCCGAGCGGACUGCAUAACUCGGCGCCCGCGGUCGAAAAAUAAAUUGAUCCUUCUUUGUGGUUCUGCCAGUGAAUCAGUGAUCCGCCCCGUCAAAUUUUCACUCAUAUAAUUUUGUAGCAUCAAAGCGGUGUUAAAUUAAAAAUUAUAUCCUCGUCCAUUCAAUUCUAGAGCAUUAGCUGACCCCAUUAAAAUGCUGACUGGCAACACUGCAAAUAUGGGCCAGUCGAUACGCAGCGCAAUUCUUCCCUUUUGAAUAUAGUAUGGUGCUUUUCAAGGGAAGGGAUGUUUUCUUUCCUCUCUCUCUUAUGUCGAAUACAUUCGCAGCGAAUAUUUUUGUUUGGGGCAGCAAAAUAAUAAUAAAAAAACUCAUUCUUGUGAUAGGAACAUCAUAUAUCCUCUCAGCGUUUGAAUAUUAAAAUCAACCUAGCGUAGCGUAAUGACAUUAAAAAAACAUAUGUAGCAACUAAUGAGAUUUGAGUCAUGUCAUGAGCUUAUUCUGCAUACUGUGAAAAAAAGGAUUGCAUUUUCUGUCACCCUUCCUGAUGCUGCCAUUGCAACACGCGCGAACUUUUAUCAAGGUUUUUAUUAUACACAUAUAUGUAUAUCACCUACAAAAUAUACGGCUUUCCUCCGCAGUCAGUGUUGUGUAAUAUUAAUUAAAAUUGUUGUUAUAUGACCGGAUUAAAUAUAAAAUGAAUAAAACAAGAGCAUGAUCUACUUAAUGCGAUGGCAAAAAAAAAAAAUAACGGACUGUAUGCAGAGUGGGCCGAACAAGCCUAUAGUUGUGAUACACAGCGCUGCAUUUUAACAUUGUAUACACAAACACACUCGCCAAAACUCUCUGUUUGCGUAAAAUGAUUUAUAUAAGCUGUUUGUUGAAUGCAUAGAGCAAAAGCUAGAGGGCGAGUUGAAACGUGUAUGAAAUGGGACACGACGGAGUGAAAAGUAUGUUUUUCGAUAAAAUCUUUAGAUAUAUGAAAAUGUUAUACAACGGAGCGAAGUGCGCGCACAUUUUGGUGCCGUUUUAUCACAUGAACAAUGUUAACCCGAGAGAACGAGCGUUGCAUCUAUUAACAGACGACUUCUAUUGUGUUGUUAAUGUGUUGUAAUAAUAACGAUAAUACUCCUCCGACUAGUUAGAUAUGAAAAAAUGAAGAAGAACGCAAAAUUGCUCAAUUUCUAUAUUGAGAACAUCUAGGUGCAAAUAGAAAUUAGAGCUUUUCUCAACAAGUAAUAACAGAACAUAAAAUAGUUUAAUGUGAGUUGCAAAGAGUCAGCUGUGAGAGGGGAUAAUUGAUACACAUUUGGAGAUUGCCAUCCUUCGUUUUGCCACUCUGUAUCCUAAUCUUUUACGCCGAACGCGCGGCGCGCGCUCUCCUCUUUCUCUCUCUCAUUCUCGCCACUUUUGGAGAUAAUGAAGAGACACACGAGAGGCAGUCGUGUGUCGGCGGGCGUAAAUUAAAACGCAGACGUGCCAAAAGCGGGCAUGCGGGGGAUGUAAUAUACGCAGUCGGCUCUUUGCAAAGGAGAAUCACGCAACAAACUCACUGCCAAUUACUCGGUCGCGUGCGAAUAAUAAAAUGUGCGAACAACCGCGCACUCACACACAACGCAGACAGGAUUUUGCUGGCGCAUUUCAAAACCUGGCGAGAGCAGUCAGUAUUCGACGAUCUCAAGGGCACGCGUUUAUAUGCUAAUUUUUAUUUACUCUUGGGCCCGGUUAUGUCGGCAAAAACUGGUUCAAAAUGGACAAAACUCUCGCAGCAGUUUGUCUCUGCUGAGCAGAUUUAAUAAAACCGACGGCAAACAAAGCAGACUGCGAGAAAAGAGAAGUAAAAAUGAACUGAAAAAGAUGCGCUGCGCUCCGACAUCAUGUGCUGAAAAAGAAAUGAACAAAAUAAAAAGAGGACGAGAAUUUCA